UCUAUCCUCCCACCACCAGACCUAUCAUAAUUGCUUAAAAACAUCUGCCCUGAGACCCUGGCCCCCACUGUCUGCAAUUCUUCCUUUGGUUCAAAUUCUACGAUUUCCUUUUAGGGCAGGGACAAGGGACGGUGUCCCAUCCUGCAAGCACCUGGACUUCUAGCCCCUGGAAGCCAUUGCACUCUUGCUCGUCCUGUUCGGCGCCCACGUUAGUAUCAAACCACACAUGAAGCACACCACAACCUACACAGAAUGACCUUCCCCUAUACAAGGAGAAGUUAACAAGAAGAAAUCGAGAGAACCGCGUCUGCUCCAAGCGGAGGGGCCACACCCCGUGUUCGGUAAUUCCCACCCCCCUUCCCAGUUCUUAUUCGUUCACUUCCCCCUCUACCCUUUCUCUUGUAUUCCUACCAUCCUCCAUCUACCGAUCCAUUAACAUUUAUUUCUCUUUUAACGUCCCAUCAGAGCCAUCUUUUAAUUUCUCUCCACCAUCCUUUCUUCCCUCUUCUACUGUGUACACCCUCCCACCCCAACCUCACACGCACAGAGAGAGACACCAGCCUCUUCAUCAAACAAACGAAGUAAUUAGAAUAGUAGUGAGCCAAGCCAAGCCAAGCCAAAAAUAGUCAACAGAAGCGAAGCUGGUGUAUGGAAUCUGGCCCCGACGCUCCCGGCGAAGGGGCAGAAGGCCCCUCGUCCUCCACCGCCUCAGCGGGCGGCGACCCCAGUUCACAACCUGCGGAGCAACAGACGGCUCCACCUCCAACCCAACCCCAACCUCCACCUCAGCCCCAAGCUCAACCACAGCAGCAGCAGCAGCCGAGUCGAUACGAGUCGCAGAAGAGAAGGGAUUGGAAUACUUUUCUUCAGUACCUGAGGAACCACAAGCCACCGUUGACGCUGGCACGGUGCAGUGGAGCUCACGUUAUAGAGUUCUUGAAAUAUCUGGACCAGUUCGGGAAGACCAAGGUGCACGUGAGCGGGUGCGCCUACUUCGGCCAACCCAACCCCCCGGCGCCCUGCGCCUGCCCCUUGAAGCAGGCCUGGGGCUCGCUCGACGCGCUCAUCGGCCGCCUCCGCGCUGCCUACGAGGAGAACGGCGGCCGGCCCGAAUCCAACCCGUUCGGCGCCCGGGCGGUGAGGAUGUAUCUUCGUGAAGUCAGAGAGAGCCAGGCCAAGGCGAGAGGGAUCCCGUACGAGAAGAAGAAGCGGAAGCGGCUGCCACCGCCCACCGCCGGGGCGUCUUCCUCCGCCGCUGCUGGUGAAGGAGGCGCAGAGCGGUCGUCGGGAGGUGGAGGGGAGAGUUCCGCGUCUACUGCUGCUGCUACUGGUGUUACUGCAAGUGGGAGUAGCGGCGGCGGUGGGAAUAGUUCGGGAGCGGGGGAGGGAUCCGGUACUCCGCCGUUGCCGCCGGGCGGUCCGGCCUCCACUUCCUGAGUAUAGAUACUCUCUUAGUCUCUUUUUGACUGUUUCCUUCUUAAUUUUACUUCUUUGUUACUGUUCUUAUUAUUAUUUGGUGGUUAACGGGUAGCGGAGUAGAAUACAUAUUACUCUUGGCGAUUCUCCCUAUUUUUCAUGAGGCUAAUAAAAAGAAAAAUAAUCCAAAAACUUCAGAAAA